CCCGGGACUACACCGGUAUCAAAUUUCUGGGUUUUGAGAAGUGUUUGCGCCGGGUCUGUUCUCAGCUCCAGGCUCAUCACUGAAUUAGGUCUCUAUUUACAGUGAUAAAAAGAAAAACUUAGAACCUCACUGUUUCAGAGGUAAUCCCGAAAAAAUGAGUCUCAAACAAAUGUUCUCGCCUCCAGUGAGAUGCGCUUUGUGCUUUAAUUAUCCUUUACUGCGUUCCGUGAAAGCAAAUGCCCUGUGUUCUUCAUCCUCUUCGUCAAUUGAGUAUCAGCCAUGGACAGGACUCCAAAGCUGGAGAGAAAGUUCUCUUAACAACAACCGGACAUGGGGUUCCAAUGGUCCAGAACAAUCACCGCUAAGUCAAUCUGUUGACGAUGAUGUAAUUGCUUCUGCUUCUUCCCUUUCUGAAUUAGGAACCCUAGUUCUCUCUACAAGUGACCCUCUCACUAAAUGUAAGCUGUCGCACCUCGCUUACACGAGAUGGCGCCGUGAGAAUCUCCCAAUAGGCGUUUCUACUCCUCCUGAUCGUCCUGCUCGGCCCCCAAAACCUAAUCUGGUUCUCGUUUCUCCCAAGGAAGUUCCAGCUCCCAAGAAGUCAGGUUUGCCACUUAAUGCUUAUAUGCUGCAUAACCUUGCUCAUGUGGAGCUAAAUGCUAUUGAUCUGGCAUGGGAUACAGUUGUUCGGUUUUCUCAGUAUAGCGAUGUUCUUGGAGAUGAGUUCUUUGCUGAUUUUGCACAUGUUGCUGAUGACGAGAGUCGGCAUUUUAGUUGGUGUUCACAGAGAUUAGCUGAACUUGGUGUUAGCUAUGGAGAUAUGCCUGCACAUAAUUUGCUUUGGAGGGAGUGUGAGAAAUCAUCUGGAGAUGUUGCAGCACGUCUUGCAGUAAUUCCUCUAGUUCAAGAGGCUAGAGGGCUUGAUGCUGGGCCGCGGCUUGUGCAGAAGUUAAUUGGCUUUGGAGAUUGUAGGACAUCGAACAUUGUGUCUAGGAUUGCCGACGAGGAAGUUGCACAUGUAGCUGUUGGUGUUUUCUGGUUUAUUUCGGUGUGCCAAAGAUUAGGUCGUGUACCUUGUGUAACCUUUAAAGACUUACUAAAAGAGUACAAUGUGGAGGUGAAGGGCCCCUUCAAUUAUUCAGCUCGAGAAGAAGCUGGACUCCCUCGUCAUUGGUACGAUGAUUCUAAAGAGUGGCUGGAUAAGAGCAAACAACUUUCAGAGGUUCAUGAUAGGCUUGCGUGCAUCAUAUCUAUGGAGAAAGAGAAUUCAAGUUUGAAUAGUUAAACGUAUUGAAUACAGCCCUGGUGUCAAAUCCCUUGAGCCUCCUCUAAGCUGCAAGCUUGGCGCUUUUCAUCGGUGGUAGUUGCCAUCCCUUUGAUUUGCUUAACUCCAUUACAACAUGCUGUAACUGGCUGGGCGGCACUGCCAACUAAGUAUGGCAUGCAUUGCACAAGGGACUUAUCAACGUCGGUGCAGGUAAAGUCUUGGCUUGGUUGAACAAUCAAUUGAACCAUGGCUAGAACGACAACAACACAUACAAAUACCUUCAUCAUUUUCUUUAUCGUAACUUUCUUAAGUAGUAUAGAUGUGUUUGUGUUUGGAUGUUUACUACUUGAUUUUGUUGUGUGCUUAAUGAAGGAGAGGUUGGGGGUAUAUAUAGUAAUCAAAAUGAUGAACAUGUACAAAUAAUGGAUACCAAUUUAAGUUAGCUUUGGUAUGAUCAGUUACAGGGUUUUGGCUUC